GUUUGUCUAAAGUUACAUAAACGCAUUUUCAACCGUGUGAUCGCGUUCAAUAAUGUAUUAUCAUGUUUUUGGUGUAUUGGCACUACAAUACUUAUAUUUGAUUACGGUUUUCAUUGGGGAAAAUAGUCUUGGCGAUGUGGAGACACGAAAACAAGCAACCAUUAACUGUACGGCAAAGUGCAAAGGAACAAACUGUCAUGCAAAUUGCUCGGGUGUGAUGGCAUCUGCUGCGGCUGUUGGCUUCAAUGCAUCCUCAAUUGCAGUUGGGGAUUUGUCUACCGUUGAGUGCUAUGGACCAUUCUGCACAUCUGCUUGCGACGGUGUUACAAACGUGUGUAUGUCAAAAUGUGUCGGACGCAGUUGUGAAGCACUUUGUCGAUCUACUUCUUGCGUCACAUUUGGUAUGGGGACCGUUUCAACCUCCAGUUGUUUAGGUCAUGCAUGUUUUGCAAACUGUACUGGUGAAGGUUGCAUAUCGCUGUGCGAAGGGACUGGCUGUGCAGCUGAGUGUCAUGCAAUAAGGUGCCAAGCUCAUUGUGCUGGUGCCGAUUGUGAUUCAAGGUGUUAUGGUGGACUUUGCAAACACAGCACAUCGGGAAAGAAUGACCAAGACUGAAGAAAACCAUGUGAAGUCAAUGAAAGUGAAUUACUGAAAUGAUCUGUAUUUUAUU